UAUCCCACUCCAGGCUCAGCUGUGCUUGCUCUCAGGGGACUCACAUGAAUUGCAAAGCCAAAAAUUGGAGAUGAGUGACAGCAUCAGGGCUCCCGACAGCAGGCAAGUGUGUGCCUGCAGAAGAGAGCCAGGAGGGAGUGAAGGAACCUUAGCACAUGGAAAACCAGCAGCAAGGACCCUGAAACUUCAGGAGAGUGAGGAAGGUGAUGGUAUCACUCAAGAAAGCAGCAGCAGGAGGCAGCAGGCAUCCCACCCCUCUCUCCGUGCCAGGCACGGCUCGGCGGAGCCCGACACGCUGUGCUCUCGGAGCUGGGCUCGCUUUCAGCAUUUCAAAUUUGCCGGAUGAUAACCUCGGGGUCUGAGUUCGCAGCUCUGAUCCCACCCACUUCAGGUCUGACUCAUGUUGCAGUCACCGCUGCCCGGGGUUGGUACGAGAGCAGGGAGAGAGGCUGGUUCGAGAGGAGGGAGCGAGCGAGGGAGGGAGGAGGAGAGCAGCGGAGAGGAGCGAGGCAGCGCCGCUCGCCGCACACGCCGCCGCCUUCGCGACCCAGCCGCGGCACCGGGGCAAAGUUGGAGUCGGUGCAGCCACUGAAACCUCCCACACGCCCAGGGGCUCUGAGAAAGCAGCACCCUUCCCAGGUUGUCCUUGAGAGGUAGCAAAGCUCUGUCCCUGCUGGAGCACUGCUGACCACUGUCACCAACCAAACAUGCAGAGGGCAUGAGAGCCCACAGGAUCUGACCCAAUGGUCACUCAGAGGAAAGGAGAAGGCAAGAAGGGAAAAGAAGCAGUUGAGAUCCACCAGCAGCUGCCACAGGGCAUCGGUCCAGCACUGAGCUCCCAGAGGGGACCAGCAGGCACAAAUGAGUUGCAUCUUUCCUAGACCAUGUCAUUCUCAGCACACAAGGCUGAAGGUGUAAAGUGACUCUGCAAUGUUCUCCAAGGUCCCUGUAGAACAAGGGUCUCUUUGGGAAGGGCUCUAGGCCUGCCUGGUCCAGGCUCACUCCAAGCAGCUUUGGAGCUGAUGAGAGCAGGACUGCUCCAUCCUUGCAGUGACACCAUGGAUCCAUGUUACAACCACACAAGCUCUCAAAAAAGCAUGGACCUCCCCCAGCAGGUGCUGGUCGGGUUCUUUCUGGUCGUCCUCAUCGUGAUCACUCUCUGUGGUAACAUCAUCGUCUGCCUGGCCGUCACCCUGGACCGCCGGCUGCGGAGCUUGACAAACCGCAUCAUCGUCUCCUUGGCCAUCACAGACCUGCUGCUGGGGCUGCUGGUGCUGCCAUUCUCUGCUUUCUAUGAGCUCACCAAGGAGUGGCCAUUUGGCAGCAUUUUGUGCAACAUCUACACCAGCCUGGACGUCAUGCUGUGCACGGCCUCCAUCCUCAACCUCCUCAUGAUCAGCCUGGACCGCUACUUUGCUGUCACCACCCCGCUGCGCUACUGCCAGGUGGUCACUCCCUCCCGGGUGGCCAUGGGCUUGGCUGUCAUUUGGACCGUUUCACUGAUGGUCUCCUUCCUACCCAUCCACCUGGGCUGGAACACCAAGGGCACAGCAGUGCAAAACACAGGCCCCACCUGCAGCAAGGAGUGCACGCUGGCAGUGAACCUCGUGUACGGGUUAGUGGACAGCUUGCUCACCUUCUACAUCCCUUUGGUCAUCAUGUGCAUCACCUACUACCGGAUACUCAGGAUAGCCAGGGAGCAAGCCAAGAGGAUAAACCACACGUGGGGUAACGCGCCCGUGCCCCCCAUGGUGAAGGAGCACAAAGCCACCGUGACGCUGGCAGUGGUGCUGGGAGCCUUCAUCGUGUGCUGGUUCCCCUACUUCACCCUGUUCACCUACCGGGGCGUGUGGGGGGACAGCAAGGUCAAAGGCACCCCCAUGUCCAUUGUGCUCUGGCUGGGCUAUGCCAACUCAGCCCUGAACCCCAUCCUCUACGGGACACUCAACAAGGAUUUCCGAGUGGCAUACCAGCACUUGCUGUGCUGCUGGAGGACGGGACACCCCAGGAACUCCCACCUACCUCCCCUGCAGAAGGCCCAGCCCAGGGGCAGGCAGGGCCAGGGCAGGCAGGAGGGUAAACCCUUGAAGCUGGAGGUGAGGAACGAGAAGGGGACUCUGCUCACUGAUGGAGCCCUCAAGAGCACUGGAGCUUUCCUGUGAGUCUCAGCCAGCCCGCUGCCCUAGGACCCACAUCUCCCAGCCUUCAACUCCUGGCUGCCCUCCUCCAAAAUCCUGCCUGUGAGGUUGAAAGGACAACACUCAGCUCUCCUCAGCGCAAAACUCCACAGCAGAGGCAAGAGCUGCAGGGAUCCCUGCUCUGGCAUGUGGCAUCACUCCAUCCCCAAACACUGCUGGAGAGGCCCCUGCCCACCCAGGUUUCUUCCCAGGAGGGUGCUGGGUUAGAAGAGCCCUCGGAGGAGCUGCAGAAGAACAUCUCCCCAUCCUGUCUGGGCAGGGACACUUUCAACAUCAAGCCCCACAGCAGCAGGAAGAGAAGCCUUGGGAGCUGGGUCAGGAAGCAGUGCAUGCCCUUGGCAGGGCAGGGCUGGGCUGGGAGUGCCCUCUCCAGAGCCAUGGCAGUGGGUCAGG